AUGGCGAGCCAAGAACAAAUUCUCCGUGAGGUCAACAUCCUCGGACCUCUCAAUGAGCAGACUCGCAAGGUCAUCUCCAAGGAGGCUACCGUCUUCCUGGCCCUUCUCCACCGCACAUUCAACAAGACUCGCAAGGAACUGUUGCAACGACGCGAAACCCGCCAGGCCGAGCUCGACGCCGGCAAGCUUCCCGACUUCCUCCCUGAGACCAAGCACAUCCGCGACAGCGAUGCAUGGAAGGGUGCACCACCAGCACCCGGCCUUGCCGACCGCAGAAUCGAGAUCACUGGUCCUACCGACAGAAAGAUGGUUGUCAAUGCCCUGAACUCGGAUGUCUGGACAUACAUGGCCGACUUUGAGGACUCAAGUGCACCUACCUGGGACAACAUGAUCAACGGUCAGCUCAACCUUUACGACGCCAUCCGCAAGCAGGUCGACUUCAAGCAGGGUGAGAAGGACUACAAGCUCCGUACCGACCGCAAGUUGCCCACACUCAUCGCUCGUGCCCGUGGUUGGCACUUGGAGGAGAAGCACUUCACCGUCGACGGCGAGCCCAUCUCUGGCUCCUUGUUUGAUUUCGGUCUCUACUUCUUCAACAACGCACAGGAGCUCGUCAAGAGAGGAGCCGGCCCAUACUUCUACCUCCCCAAGAUGGAGAGCCAUCUUGAGGCAAGACUCUGGAACGAUGUCUUUAACCUUGCCCAGGACUACAUUGGCAUGCCCCGUGGUACCAUCAGAGGUACUGUCUUGAUCGAGACCAUCAUGGCGGCCUUCGAGAUGGACGAGAUCAUCUACGAGCUCCGUGACCACUCUUCAGGUCUGAACUGCGGCCGUUGGGACUACAUCUUCAGCACCAUCAAGCGUUUCCGCCAGAACCCCAACUUUGUCUUGCCUGACCGUUCUGCUGUCACCAUGACUUCCCCUUUCAUGGAUGCUUACGUCAAGCUUCUGAUCAAGACAUGCCACCGCAGAGGCGUCCACGCCAUGGGUGGUAUGGCUGCUCAAAUUCCCAUCAAGACCGACAAGGAGGCCAACGACAAGGCUAUGGCUGGUGUUCGUGCCGACAAGCUCCGCGAAGUCAAGGCUGGUCACGAUGGUACCUGGGUUGCUCACCCCGCCCUUGCCAGCAUUGCUGCCGAGGUCUUCAACGAGCACAUGCCCACGCCUAACCAGCUCCACGUACGCAGAUUGGAUGUUAACAUCAAGCAAUACGAUCUCCUCAACAUGAACGUUCCCGGCCAGAUUACCGAGGACGGUAUCAGAAAGAACCUCAAUAUCGGUCUCGGUUACAUGGAGGGCUGGCUCAGAGGAGUUGGCUGUGUCCCCAUCAACUUCUUGAUGGAAGACGCUGCCACUGCCGAGGUCAGCAGAAGUCAACUUUGGCAAUGGUGCAAGCACCAGGUCAAGACGGCCGAAGGGCAGACGAUCAACAAGGAGUACGCACUUAAGCUCCUCCACGAGCAGGCUGAGGAGCUCGGGUCCAAGGCACCAAAGGGCCACAAGUACCAGUUGGCAGAGAAGUACUUUGCCACUCAGGUGACUGGCGAGCAGUAUGACGAGUUCUUGACAUCGUUGUUGUACGACGAAAUCACGACUGUGGGUAGCCCCGCCCCUGCCUCUAAGCUUUGA